UCAAGUACUGUGUGUGUUUGCGUCCGUGUUUCUUUCUGUACGUUUGGCGGUGUCUGCUUGUGUAUCUGUGCUUAUGUUUCUUAGUGUGUGCUUAUUGCUGUGAGGACACGCUCCCUGGGUCAGCUUGGAAGGCUGUGUAUGUAUAUGUGUUCCUACAGUCCGUCCAGCAGAUAUGUUGUAUUCUCUAGGCAUUAAGAACAUAACCCACAGAUGAUCUAACAGCGAAAGGCCAGGGGUUGUGGUGUGAGAGGCUGGGACUAGGCCGGGAGCAUGGAGCUGUGCUAAGGAAGGUUCUAGAUCCAAGGCUAGGGGCUGUGAUUAAGACCUGGUGUUGGAUUGAGGCUGUAAUGAUGCAGCCACAGAGGCCUUGUCUGUCCAGGUGGAGGGUCCUGCUCUGGUCCACACUACUCCUCCUCAGUCCCCUCAGAGUCACAGGGCAUCCCUAUACAAUUGUAGAAGAUGGCUUGCCUUGGGAGGCCGGGAGUGGUGACCAAACUGUGAGACGAGAAAAUUGGAACCCAUGUCUGCAGGGCCAGGAUGUGUUUUCCACGGUUAGAGAGAACAGCAUGAUGGGAGAACUUAUCAUUGAGCUUAACACAGAGCUGACAGCCAAUGAUGUUGUCUGGAGCCUAACUGGGGAGGAUGCUGAUUGGUUCUUCCUGGAAGGGCGGAGCAUCAGACUCAAGGCCCCAUUGGACACAGUUCUGGACCGGGAGGUUCAGGGCCCAGUCCUGAUGGCAGCGUUGACCUGCUUUGAGGAGGACAUUGUGCAGAGUGAGUACAGGAUCAUGGUGGAGAUUCUGAAUGAGAAUGAUAACACUCCUGAGUUUGUGGAGAGCACCAUUCAGCCUCGCAGCAUCAGUGAGCUGGCUGAGGUGAAUACAGUGGUGUUUAGAGUCCAGGCCACAGAUGCAGAUGAUGACACCAUCAUGUACUCCAUCGACCAGACCUCGCCUGAUGCUGCAUACUUCAGAGUGGAUCUCCCUAACAGUGGAGAGGUGAUACUGGCCAAGCCUCUGGACUACGAGACCAAAACACAACUAGAGAUUACCAUAUCCGCUUUGGAGAUUAACACUGCAGAGAAGUUCAACACCAGUGCCAUCCUGAUCGUGAAUAUCUUGGACAGAGACGACCAUUACCCACAUUUCCUGCCGUGCACGCCCAUCUCCAACGACCAAUCAAAUCGUGUCUGCACCAAUCCCAUCUACAUGGUUAACAUCACAGAAGGCGAACAGGACAUUCUUCUGGACUUCUCUCCCGGGCCAAUCAAUGCUGUGGAUGGAGACAGAGGCCUCAGCACACCUCUCAGCUACAGCAUCCUGUCAGGGGCUGAUAGCGGGCAUUUCGUGAUGGAUGAGCUGACAGGGGAGGUGCGUGUGACAAGUGGAGUAGAGAACAGACUACAGACACCCACACUACACCUCCAAGUCAUGGCAUACCAGAGGAAUGACCCUAGGAAGUACUCAGUUGCCACAGUGGUGGUCCGUGUUGUUGCUGUCAACCACUUUCCUCCUCAGUUCAGUUGGCCUGAAUACCGUGGCUUUGUCAUCGAAGGCGACAGCCCUGCCUCACUGGUCAACACUUACGGCAACACUGUGCUGCUGAUACAGACACAGGACAGGGACUUCUCUGAUGGCAUCAAUCCCAAUAUGCACUACUCCCUGAGGUCCUCGUCCAAUCACACACAGUUCUACCACAUCACACAGGAGGGGCUUCUGAUUGCCAGAACCAAUCAGCUAUGGCCAUCACAGACACACAGUCUGAAGGUAGUGGCUGUGGAUUUGGAGUCAGGUGAAAUGGACACGGCUCUCAUAAAGGUGGAGGUGCUGUUUGAAGGACAAACAGUCCCUCAGGGCCAAUUGGGGGAUGGGCUUCUUCCUGGUAGCUGUGCAGUGGGCAAGGCUAUGGGUAUGGUCAUCCUGGGGCUGACUCUGUUAGGCUGCACUCUGUAUGCACUGCAGCAAGUACUCCAGACAUACAGAGGACUGAAGGACCCAGAGGACAGGGGCUGUAUAGCCCAGGGGAAGCACCCCAACGUGAGAUUACAAUGCUUCCAACUGGUGAGUCACAGUAGUCCCAUGCCAGUACUGGAUGAGGUGAAAUUUAAAAAAGAGGGUCUGAGCAGCUCCACCUCCAAGCUACUGGGCAGUCAGAGCAUCUACAGUCCUGCAGACUUCAACUCUUCUCCACUCAAUGCUUUACCUAUAGCUAUACCCUCAAUGACCUACAUCCAGCCUAUACUACCCAGCACCACUCCUACAGACCCCAGUCAUUGCCCUGCUUCACCCAACUCCUCCCAUACACCUGCUACAACCACCACACCUGAACUACUCACAACAUCCACUCAACCCUUGGACAACUCUAGCUUUAACACACCCACACUCCCCACACCUACCCCGAAUCUGAUGGAUGAACCUUUAUCUACAGACAGAUUUUCACAUACACACCCCUUCCCUAUUGCAGAAGAGGUAGGUACACCCACUCAGGUAGAAGAGACUCCUAAAGACACCCACCCACCUACCUCACCUACCCAACAGCAGGUACACACACCUUUACCGCCUCCCAUUCCUAUCAACUCACCCCCCCAUGCCACCCCACCUCCUACCUCAAUUACCACACCUCUCCCUCUUUCACCUGCUGCAGACCCAAUACACACUCCAGAGUGUACAGGAGAUACUCACACACCUUUACUUACUCCACCCUGUCCAGAGCAGGACAGCGUUGGGACACCCCCACCUAAACCCACUACAGGGCAGGCACACAUACCUGUACUGACCACGCCCACCCCAGAGCAGGUAGGACCACCGGGGUACCCUGAGAAGUGCAAACUCUCCACACACACCCCUGAGACAGCCUCCAUUGGGGAUGAUGACUGCUUCCUGGAGGAUGAGGAGGCCAUCAGGACCAGUGAUGAUGAUGAGGAUGAAGAGCUGGUGAGACUCUGUUUUCAAGUACAGCCCACAUUCCUGAUAACAGACUAUGACAAUGACAUCACUACUGAGAUCCCCCCCAGCAGUGGAGAGGACGAGGCGACUGAGAAUGGCGAAGGAGUGGAGAGAGCGAUGGAAUUGAUGGAGGGAGACAAGGGAGGGGUCGAGAGAGGCAGUGAUUAUAUGGAAGGAAAGGGGGGUCAUUUGGAGAGCGAAGCAGAGAGCUUGAAGCAGGGGAGUCAAUCAUCUCAACCCUGUAAUACCGAGCAGGAAGUAUCAGUGGGCCAAUCAAAGGAGAGAUAGACAGUAACCCAGCAACACUCUCUAACUAAAAGUAUCUUUGGUGAGUUGCUGAGGCCAAUGAUGUCGGAACGCUCUGAAACACGCCCAUAUAAACACACACAGAAACACACACACAUACAGUACACUGAUGACAUCAGAACAUCCUAGACUUGCCUCAACCAAGUGUAAAUUAAACACAACACAACAGGCCAUGUGUCUGAGAUAUAGGCUACACUUCACUUGUAACAUAGGCCUAUGACUUGAGUCUGUUGUGUUGCUGUGUUGUUGUUCUUAUUGUGUUGAAUGGACUCCUGCACACUGUGUGUAGGCCUACUUACAAAUAAAUAUGUAUCGUGCAUCUGUUUAUUGUCAACCCCUAUAACCAUUCUUAUUUAGUUAGAACUAAAACACCUCUGUGAUUCUUGAUGAAAAAAAACAGCACAGACCAGCAUACAUUUCAAGCUGUUCCAUGCUAGACCAUGCUGGUCUAUACUGGUCAGUGCUUGUUGGAUCUUGGUCAAGCUGGUAUGACCAGCAUGAUCCAGCUGGUCAAGCUGGUCUGACCUGGUUGGUCUGGUCUAGUUGGUUCUGCUGGGCAACCAGCCUUCGUUGUGUUUUCGCUGGUGACCACUUUGUUGUAUUUUCGCUGGUGACCAGAUUUUGUUGUGUUUUUUUUGCUGGUGACCAGGCAUCACUGUGUAUUGGACACUGGUGACAAGCAUAAACUAAAGUCACAUCAAGUCACAUUAUGAUGGCUUACAAAGUGAUGUUUAAUUCCUAUUGGAAUCCAUCCAGAGUGGAUUCCCACAAUCCCACAAUGAGAAUGACUACAAGGGUUAGAAAGAUGAACAAAUCAGACCACACUCUUGGAAAAAAGUGUGCUAUCUAGAAGCUUAAUUAAAGGGUUUGUUGGCUAUCCCUAUAGGAGAACCCUUUGAAGAACCCUUUUGCGUUGUAUGUAGAACCCUUUCUACAGAGGGUUCUACAUGGAACCCAAAAGGGUUAUCCUAUGAGGACAGCCAAAGAACCCUUUUGGAACCCUUUUUUCUAAGAGAGUACCUAAACCAGGGGUUCUCAAACUUGCGAAAAAUCAUCAGGGACCCCCUCAUAAUCUCAACACAACUCGAGUUAAAUAAAAAUAGCAAACAUGGCUGGACGGACUGAUUUUGCUCCAGUACUGCUCUGGGCUUGCUCUGCCCAGCAUUUUUCAUUUCCUUCAUCACUGUUAUUUUAAUUGGGCCUAUUCUGUUAUUUAGCCUACCCACCACUAAUGCACAGAGAUGUUGAUAGUCGACCAAGAAAUAGGUCACACAGCCUGCAGAAGCCCCAGAGACGUUUGAUUUCUAUAUAGACUAUUGUUAAAGAAAAGAGGAGUCUAUCAACUGUAAAAUGUGAGCACAACAGAGACAGUUACAACUGAAGAAUCUGAUCAUCAAUAGAUUAGAGAAAAAGCCUUUUUUUAACACAGCUGCAGCAUAUCAGGUAGGUCCGUGUUUAAUAGCCUACCACGUUGUUGAAAUGUUGAAUCUUUUUAGGAUGGCCUACCAAAUUAUAUUUUUAACCACUUAAAAGUAAGGUCCACCCAUUAUUCAAUGUCAUCUAAAAUUUGAAUAGGUAUCCGUCAAUACAGGGUGUCUCCUAUCCAGCCGUACCAUACAGUCUUUGGUAUGACUUAGUACCAUAUAUGGGCAGCCAUAAAGCCAUAAAAGUGAAAGUCAUACCCAUGAGUCCAUCUCAAGAUAGCCUAGAGAAGAGGGGGGGUCAAAUUAAUCAUUAGGUUCUUACGAACAAAAGUAGCCUAUUGUCAAUGUUCUCCACCCAGUGACAACAUCUUUGCGCACAAAAAGUGUUAGACUGUGAAGCAGGUGAAAUUAAAGAUGGAUAGUCAGGGCCAGCAGCAGGACAAAUCAGUUGGACCUUUUAUUUCCAUAGGUGGGCACUGUUGCUAGCGAACUUGGAACAUUGUAUCAACUAGCCAAUUCCGGGCCCUCAGAGUUUCUUGUGCCAGUAAGCUUGGGACAGACAGCUGUUUUUUUAGGACAUUUACACUGGAUACAGUGGGGCAAAAAAGUAUUUAGUCAGCCACCAAUUGUGCAAGUUCUCCCACUUAAAAAGAUGAGAGAGGCCUGUAAUUUUCAUCAUAGGUACGUCACUGCUCUAGAGGAGAUCUGCAUGGAGGAAUGGGCCAAAAUACCAGCAACAGUGUGUGAAAACCUUGUGAAGACUUACAGAAAACGUUUGACCUCUGUCACUGCCAACAAAGGGUAUAUAACAAAGUAUUGAGAUAAACUUUUGUUAUUGACCAAAUACUUAUUUUCCACCAUAAUUUGCAAAUAAAUUCAUUAAGAAUCC